GGUUUAGAGUUUUGGCUCCCGGGAAAGAGUGCAGUCCUCGGGGAAAGAGGGCUUAGUUUUGCAUGUUCCCAUCCAGCGUGCGCGACGCGAACAGGGGCCCCCUUUCUCCACCUCUCCUCUCCUCUCGCGUGUGCGUGGAACACCUUCCACUGGUGAGCAGCCUGCCUUCCGUGCGUGUUCUCGUCUCGCUGCGCUGCCGCCGGAGCACAAGAAGAAGACGAAGACGAAGAAGCAUCUUUUCCUCACGCGAGGGGUUCUAUUUUUUAAACAAGUCCUGAAGGUUUCGGACGGCGGUUCUUUCGGGGAUGUGUCCGCUUUGAGAGCAGCGCCACCCCGCACAAAUAAGUCAUUUUUACCCCCAAAUAUAACCCCCCCACCCCCUCCCAAAAAAAAAAAAAAAAUAAUACUCGAAGAAUUGUGUGGAUAUUUUGUCUUAAUAACUUAAGUCGAGCACUUUUGAGACUUGCUCACAUCGGACGGAGCGAAGCGGGAGAGCCGACCUGUGGACUUUGCGCCGCCCCGACACUCGCCCUCUUCUCGCCCUGAAGGAUAGCAGCGCGCCCGGUGUGGUGGACCCUUUCCUGUACCCCCCACCUCCGCUCUUCUUCGCGCAGGAGGCUCCCGCACAUUUGUCCUCAAUGUUCGGGAUUCAGGAGACGAUACCGCGGGGCGGGACCACCAUGAAGGAGGAACCGCUCGGUGGGCUCAACUCGGUCCGCUCGUGGAUGCACACGGCCGGGGUGGUGGACGCCAACACGGCCGCCCAAAGCGGAGUCGGCCUGGCCCGGGCACACUACGAGAAGCAGCCCCCUUCCAACCUCCGGAAGUCCAAUUUUUUCCACUUUGUUCUGGCCCUCUAUGACAGACAGGGACAGCCGGUGGAGAUCGAGAGGACUGCUUUUGUCGACUUUGUGGAGAAAGAAAAAGAGCCAACCAGUGAAAAAACUAACAAUGGGAUACAUUACAAACUACAGUUAUUGUACAGCAAUGGCGUCAGAACAGAACAGGAUCUUUACAUUCGGUUAAUCGAUUCCAUGACAAAGCAGGCCAUCAUCUACGAGGGCCAGGACAAGAACCCAGAGAUGUGCAGAGUUCUCCUCACGCAUGAAAUCAUGUGCAGCCGAUGCUGCGACAAGAAAAGCUGCGGCAACAGGAACGAGACCCCGUCAGACCCGGUGAUCAUCGACAGAUUCUUCCUCAAGUUCUUCCUCAAGUGCAACCAGAACUGUCUGAAGAAUGCAGGGAACCCACGAGACAUGCGCAGAUUCCAGGUUGUCGUAUCGACGACCGUCAACGUGGACGGCCACGUGCUGGCCGUCUCCGACAACAUGUUCGUGCACAACAACUCCAAGCACGGGCGAAGGGCCCGCAGACUCGACCCCUCAGAAGCAGCCACCCCGUGCAUCAAGGCUAUCAGCCCCAGCGAGGGAUGGACCACCGGCGGCGCCACCGUCAUCAUCAUCGGCGACAACUUCUUCGACGGCCUACAAGUGGUGUUCGGCACCAUGCUCGUCUGGAGCGAGCUGAUCACGCCCCACGCCAUCCGAGUCCAGACUCCGCCUCGGCACAUCCCCGGCGUGGUGGAAGUCACGCUGUCCUACAAGUCCAAGCAGUUCUGCAAAGGCGCCCCUGGGAGAUUUGUCUACACCGCCCUGAACGAGCCCACCAUCGACUACGGCUUCCAGAGGCUGCAGAAGGUCAUCCCCAGGCACCCCGGCGACCCUGAGAGGUUACCAAAGGAGGUGUUACUGAAGCGGGCGGCUGACCUGGUGGAGGCGCUGUACGGGAUGCCCCACAACAAUCAGGAGAUCAUUCUGAAGAGGGCGGCUGACAUCGCCGAGGCCUUGUACAGCGUUCCCCGCAACCACAACCAGAUCCCCUCCCUCGCCAACACCGCCUCCCACGGCAUGAUGGGAGUCAACUCCUUCAGCAGCCAGCUGGCGGUCAACGUGUCUGAGUCCCAAGGCAACGACCAAGUGGGCUACAGCCGGAACACCAGCAGCGUGUCCCCCCGGGGUUACAUCUCCAGCAGCACCCCCCAGCAGUCCAGCUACAACACGGUCAGCAACAGCAUGAACGGCUACGGCAACGCCGGCAUGAACCUGGGUGUGCCCAGCUCCCCGGGCUUCCUCAACGGAUCCUCUGCCAACUCCCCGUAUGGAAUUAAACAAAAGAGCGCCUUCGCCCCUGUGGUCCGACCCCAGGCCUCCCCACCCCCCUCCUGCACCAGCGCCAACGGCAACGGACUGCAAGGUGAGCCCCCCUCACCCCCUCAUCCUUUCCCCACGGACUACUGGUCAGAUACCGCUGCUCAGGCCUCUGUCCGGUUUGCCAUGUCCGGCCUCGUGGUCCCGCCCAUGUAAAAAAAAAAAAAUGCACUUUUUGAACGCCAGUCCACCACUUUUACCGGGACAAGAACGCCCCCCCCCCCCCUCCCCCCUCUCUCGGCACACGGCUGGUGUAUAAUGUAUAGUCGACUGCUUGUUCUGUUUUUAAAGAUGGAGGGUUAAAAAUAUUUAAAAAAAAAAAAAAAAAAAAGGUCAAAUGACUUUUAACCCUCGCCCCUGAAGAGAAAAAGGAUAUCAUGAGGAGGAUUUUUUUUUUUUUUUUUUCU